UCAAGACUAAAAAUAACUCAAGCGGUCGAGGCGGUCGCGAUGCAAGUACGUAAACUGUAUUACUAAGGUCGGAAUAAAAAGAUAUAAAAAUUGUCAAAAUAUUUCAAUACUGUAUACAUCUUACAAGCUUGUGGUACUUGGUUGUUCUUGUCUUCUUUUGAGCAUGUAUCAUACACAAGGUGACUGAUGCCAAAGGAAUUAACAACAUUAGAAAAUGUCAAGGACAGAGCAUUUGCUCACAUGCUACAAAAUAUCUAUAAUUGAAGUUAAUCCUGAUGAUCCUGAUGAUGAUAUUAAAACACUUUCUUUAAAGGCAAGAGAAUUUCUUGCUUCAAAAAAGUACUUUGACAAGCCCAAGGUUCUCCAAUUUUAUACAUUUACAAAGGAAUUCAUAGAAAAUUCCAUUGGAAGAAACUUUGAAAGUAAGGCAUUGUUGUUUAAAGAUUUGCAAAAUGUAUUCUAUAAACUAGAGGAAUAUGGAAUCAGACUAUUGAAACGUCCUUGGAGAAAAGAAUUCUAUACAAUCAAGCUUUUCACGACGUUCUUUAAACAUGAUAUUGAAUCAAAACUUCCCAAUGCUGUAAAAAUACUUCAAUUGUACGGCUAUGGAGAAGUAUCCCAAAAUAUGAUCAAAAUGGCAAUGGACUCUCUAGACUCUAGAUCCAACAGGAUCAUUUACGUAUGUUUUGACUUGUUUUUAUCAAGGAUUGAACUUGAGGUUAUGUCUGAAAUUUGCACGACUAUCGAAAUGUAUACCAGUGACUUCACAUUGAGUGAUGUAUUCGAAGCCAGGAGGAAAACUAAAGGCGAUGUAAAUGAAGCGGUCGAAUAUUUUCUCCGUGAAAACCCAGGUAUCAAUAAGGUGAAGAGAAUAAAGACAGAUGAUACGGAAUCAGGGAGAAAAUCUGGAGAAAGAUUUGAAAAAAGCAAUAAACUUCCUUCUGAAGAUGAAGAAACAAGUAGAACUGAUUCUAACAAUGGGAGAAUCACAAGUCAAGGCAGAACAAAGCGGGAUACAAAAUAUCCUCCGUUACCUGGCAACUACAGCAAUCUUCCCUCAACCUCGGAUGAUCCUAGGUUUGCUGCCGUUACUAGUGGUGCAAAGGUGCGGCAUAUUAGCUCAUCGGUUCCCGUUGAUAAUUUUAGUGAUGCUGAGCUAUAUGGGCACGAUGAUGCAUCCUCAUCGAGUCAAGACAACGAAAACAACAUUCCAAUGGACACACAGGAACCCCAAGCUAGGAGCGGAGCAACGUACGAACCUAGCAAUUACGUUGACAUGAGUGGCGCUAAUACUGAUUACUAUCAGAUAAUGGACCAAUGCAGUACAGAAAAUGGUCUCUCCUCUUGUACUGCUUUACCGCCACCCCCAAUGACGCAUACUUAUUCUUCAUCUGAUCAAGGGAUCCCCCCGCCGCCUUAUGACCAAGCAAUCAAAAUACCUGGAAAUGACUGGGUUAUGAUAGAAGAUAAAGAUUCUGACGGUCUAAGUAAUAAUAUAUCGGCAAUGAAUAUCGGUGAGAAUGGACUUGUCUCGAGGACUAGUAAUGAAGUAGUAGGAGUACGAGCUAGUGCGUAUGAUACUGGUGACAUCGGGAGAUUGAAGGCAGCAUCUUCUGAUAGGAUACCCUACAGAACUGGGCCCCAUUAUCAAACAGAACCCCAAGGAACAAGUACUAAAACAAAAUCAGUUGGUACUUCUGGUUUGAGAGAGCAUUCCAGAGAGGUUAAAGGAAUGGGAGAUUUGUAUUCAGAACGUCCACUGUCGAAUGGAUCACAUAGGGAUUAUAGAAGCUUAUCGACCUCUUUCAAGAAAGGGUUUGACGGCACACCACCUGUAAAAUCAGCAUUAAAUCCUUUUGAAACACCAGGAGAUUCAACCAAAGCAAAAACAGAUGUACAAAGAAGAAGCACUUUAUCUGGUUCAUAUGACAGAAUGUCAACAUCAAAAGCAACAGAAGAGUAUCUCAAAGAUCGUCUUACAAGGAGUGGACCAGAACAACUGGGUUUUAAGAGGACGAGUGAUCCCAAUGUACCUACAGCUACACUCACUUAUGUGACAUCUUCUUAUCCUAAGCGUAGCUCAACAACUGCUGUCUCUUAUUCGUCCCCUUCUAAAACCCAGAGUACUAUGACCACAAGAAGUCAAGUAAGGGACGUUGCAGCAAACAAGUCAGACGUAAUGAGCGAACCUAUACAAGGUACUUCUAGAACAACACAGAAUAUGGCUGAGCGAUACAGCAAGGAGAAUUGUUUCGUAUGCAACAGCAAAGCUACACAUUAUUGCAAAAUGUGUAAGAAAAAGUCUUGUAAGACUUGCUCAACUGUUAUAACCAGACUUCAUUGUGACAGUUACAAAGAGCACCAACUGGUUGAAGCAAGCCCGACUAUCAACAACGAAAAGGCUGAUCUGGGUACCAAGGAUAUGUGCUCAUUUUGUGGUGUCAGCGCUGCAUCACAUGACUGCAUUUACUGCAAUAAAAAGUCUUGUGGUAAUUGCCAUACUAUUUACACAAAAGAUCCUUGUGUACUGGGCAGGGAGUUCCAUUAUUUCAUGGAUCAGCAACAACCAAAAUCAACCUCGGAAAAGCAGGAAACAACCUUACAGAAGCAGACAACGCUCUCUUUAAAGCACCAGAAGCUAAACCUAGUUCCCUUUGUCACUGGGGAGAAUUAUUGUGACUUCUGUGCGCUAGCUGCUAACCUUAUUUGUAAAAUCUGCCUUAAAACAAUAUGUGAUAAAUGCAAACAUGUUUAUACACAAGAUCUUUGUCCACCAACAAAGAGAGAUCAUCAGUUUGAGAAUAUAAAUGAACAAUCUCCAAGUACAAACAAACCAACAGAUAAAGACUCGAGCUCAUCGUGGACAUGUGAGCGUUGCACGUUUUUGAAUUCCUCAAGAAACAGAAUCUGUGCUGUAUGUGCAACUUCAAGAGGAGUGAAUCAGGUUGACUUGCCAAAAAGUGGCAGCAGAAAGUGUCAUAGCUGCACAUAUGCAAAUGAAGAAGGAGCUACGAUUUGUAAGAUGUGUCAUUGUACAGUUGGACUAGAUAACCCAGAAUCUUACAUUUGAGUGUUUAAAAACCUUUUGUAGUGGUCUUCCUUGGUGCAGAGGACAGAAGAAAGGAAAAACAAAACAAAUAAAAAAACAGAAAACGAAAGAAAUUUAUCCCUGGACGAGUAUAUUCUGCAAAACGAGAAGAUCAUUUUCUAAUUAUGCUCCUUAUGAUAGAUAUUUUAGCCAAUAUCAAGUAUACACAUGCAUGACUUUUGAUCAUUUAAGACUUAUAAUCGUGCCAAUAGCACCCUAUUGAUUUGCCCUGGGAUAUUCCUAUGUAACAAAUCCAUAGAUUAUCCUAUAAAAUAGAUUAGUUGUUUAAAUUUUGAAUCAAUGUUCAAAAACUUGUCUUAUGAUUAUAGCGAGAAGGCAGGUCAUUAUUCAUUGGAGUGAUUUCAUAAACUUUUAAACUCGCAGUUUGAAGCCAUUGAUUCGCUAUCCCAUCGUUCUAAGGUAGUCUGGUAAUAAACUUUCACAGCUUUUUCAAAAAAGGUACAUUGAAAACUUCAAAGAGAUCUCGCUUUUCUUUGCGCAUGCCGAAUCGUGGGAAAAACCUAUGCCCUAUGCUCAUCACCAGCUUUCCUGAACCGUGCAACACGCAAUCAAGGAAAAUGUUCUCAUGACGAGAAGAGGCUAGACAGUUCUUUUAACAUGGUUUGCUAUAAGGAAAGAGUGACUAAAUAAUAAAAUACCGUUUGUCAAAGUUCAUAACUAGUACUGACCACUGGGGAAGCUAUAUACUUUGUACAUACUACAUCCCCUUGGUAAAGCCUGGUUUACACUUGCUUCGGAAUCGGAAUCGUAAGCAACAUACGCAGACUCAGUAUUGCAUCUAUCACCUAGGUGUUGAAAAAGACAAGCACUGUUAAUGAGCAGUACGUACACUACUGAGUCUGCGCGGUAUGUUGCUUUCGAUUCAAUCACGACGCUAGUGUCAACCAGGCUUUAUGAAAGUGAGCUUGGCCUUAUAUAAUAUAGCUCAGUUUGCGUAACCAAUAAAAUCAUAUCUCACAGUGCCUAGAAUUAGUGCAUAAACUAUAGUGUAUUUUUAGGCAAUCAACUUGGUAGCUUUAAAAUUAUAGAAAACUUCAUUUUCAUUUUAUUGCUGAUAUUAAACAUGGGAUCAAUGUG